UUCAGCAUUCAAGAAAAAAUUGACUUUGAAAUGCGAAUGCGAGAAGGAAUUUGUAAACUGCUUGCUGUGACCACGCAGAAAGACCAGACGUUGCAUGCGGUUAAAAACUUGAUGGUUUGCAAUGCUCGCAUCCUGGCCUACAAGACUGAGCUACAGAGGUGUUCAGAUUUUGCUGCUAAAGACCGUGACGCUUGUAAGGGCAAGGUUGCCAUAACAGACCUUCGAAUACCAUUGAUGUGGAAAGGCUCUGAUCACUUCAGCAAUAAAGAUAGAAGCCAGCGUUACUCAGUUUUUUGUUUAUUCAAAAUAGGAGCUCAAAUCUUUGAUACGGAUUUGCUUAUUGUGGAUAAAGCAAUAACAGACAUCUGUUUUGAAAAUGUAACUGUGUUUGAGGAAGUUGAGCCAGACUUCCAGCUGACAGUUGAAAUCUAUAGCUGCUGUUGUACUGAAGAUUCAUCAGUCAUACCAAACACUCCCAAGAAGUUAGUUAAGAAACUGAAAACCUCUAUUGGCAAAGCUACUGGGAAGAAACUCAGCUCUGCAUCAGAUGAUGGCAACCCCGAAUUGUUAUUACUCAGUGACACAAUUGUACUUGGUUCAAAAUACAGCUUACUGGCACAUGCAACUUUGGGACUGGAAAGCAUUGAGGACAAUUUCAAGACUCACAACCUUACUAUUGAAGGAAAUGAGGAAUCAUCUUUUUGGCUUCCCUUGUAUGGCAGUAUGUGUUGUCGUCUAGUUGCUCAACCGUCCUGCAUGACUAAGGAUAUGAUGGCGGGUUUUCUUAAUCAACAGCAAAUCAUAGGAAAGUUGACUUCUUGGAGGAGGCUGUACUGUGUGUUGAAAGGUGGGAAGCUCUUUUGUUACUAUACACCGGAGGAAAUAGACGCUAAAGUGGAGCCCACUUUGACCGUUCCUGUCAACAAGGAAACCAGAAUUCGUUCUGUGGAUAAAGAUUGCCAGAAAAAAGCCAAAAACUUUUGUAUUAUCAACCCCGAGGCCGGGGAAGCUGUGACUCACAUUUUUGCAGUUGAAGACCGGGAAGACCUUUCUAAGUGGACAGAAGCUUUUUGGCAGCACUUCUAUGAUUUCAGUCAGUGGAAACAGUGUUGUGAAGAAUUCAUGAAAAUUGAGAUUAUGUCACCACUGAAACCACCAUUGUUCUUAACAAAAGAGGCAACUUCAGUUUAUCAAGAUAUGUGUAUUGACUCCCCAGUAAAACAUGAAGGAUUAAUUGACAUAGUGCAACAAAAAAAAGAGGAAACAAAUGGCAAGUUCCAGGUUGGCCAAUAUGAAGAAUGUUUGUCCCCUCCAUGGUCUGCUAUGUUUGAUGGUUCUCACCAGAUGGUUGUGCAGAAGAACACACUUCCAGGCGCUAGCAAAGAAACUGUCAACCCUAGUGGAAGCAAAGGCACCAAAAGACGAGCGCCUCUCCCACCAUCUGAUAAGCCACCAUAUGCCUCAGCAGCACAAAUACCACCCGCUCAAUUGAACAAGGAGAACAUUGAGAAUAAUUCUCCUCUUGCACAUAGGAUCUGUUCAUUUGAUUCUGGGCAGAUUUCCUUGCCUCCUUUGCAGAGACCUGUUGUGGCUCCUCGCAUAUCAGUUUCUUGCUGGAAAGGUACCUCUGCUGACGAAGAAACUCCUGUCUCUUCUACAAAGCCAGUUCCUGCUCCGAGGCAGAAAUCGGUCAAAGAGGUUAGAUCUCGGUUGCAGUUGCAGGGAUAAUGCUGACGUUUGCUUUCACUUCAAGAGAGAGGGAUGUUUCGUACGUCACAUUUACAGCGUCAUUGCUGAUCACCAACUUUCAGCAGAAUGGGUGGAAACACUUUUUGUAAUGUAGUUAAGGUUCAAGGAUGUUGAGACUAGAACGAAAAGAUUUAUUUAUUUAUUUUAAGAAGACAAUUCUUUUUCUCCCCUCUCAAAAGUUCUGUUCUGCUUGUCAGAGCUGAAGUGUAAACCAGAUUUAUCAACAAACAUACAAAUCAGUGGUUUCUCUACCCCUCCCCCCUUUAAAUGAUGGAAAACCUUUAGAUGGGCAUGACUGUUCUUCUCUCCAAAACAUCAUCUUAUCUUUGAUGACAUAAUUAUAAUUAAGCCAAUGGAUCUCUCUCAAACUAUUUAAAAUAUGUCAUCUCAAGCUUGUGAAAUGCUGUUGAGCUGGCAUGCACUUUGCUGUGAAUGAAGUUUUUCUUCUUCUUGUAAGAAUUAACUAAGGCUACUGUCUGUAUCUACCUGUAAAAGUAUGCAUGCCUGUUCCCUAAACUCCCUCAGUAAUCAGGUUAUCUGGAUUUUUAAAAUUUGGUUCUGCACGAGGAAUCUUCAAAAACUCAGUGCAAUAAAUAAUUCUGUUUGGAUAUAUACCUCACCCUCUGUCCUUUAACCCAGCUCUUCAGUUCCCACCCACCCUGUCUUUCUCCUCCCCCUCCCCCGCAAGCUGGAGUUGGUAAGACACAUCUAAUGAACUCUGCAAUGUCCAAUGUGGUUUGAGAUCCUCUGGAGUGGUUUGCAUCAGAUACUUAAUCUUAUUUUCCCAUUCUGAAGUAAUGACCUUCCCUACGGUUUCUUACAUUCCCAUCUCCACCUCCCAGUGCUUUCCAUCGCAGUUCUAGUCUAGUGAGAGUUCCCAGCUUCUCUGGGGAUUCUCUGGCUAAUCAAGCAUAUGCUUUGUCUUGACUUCAAUUUUAAAAAAAAACUUUCAGAAUUUACCACACUGAAUAAACAUUUCUUAGAGCAGCUGACUUUAUUAGAUAUUUCCUAUUUAUUUUCCUGGCUUUGUACAACAGGAAUGUUGAGGGGAAUAUGUAUAUGUAAGUGGUGGGCAACACCUGGGUAUUUACUAAGGGCACUUGAUGCCAUUCUUUCCCCUCUAUUAUUAAAUGCCACCAUCAGAAUUUAACUGUAUAUCAUGGGGCGGGGAGGGGGAUGUUUUAAAGAUUUUAUUUGGUUAGAUGUCUCUUUAGAGGAACACUGCCUAAUCAGCUUUAGAAAGCCACACACAUGAAUUUGUGCAGGGAAAUUGUUUCUGGGUUGCAAAGAUGAGCAAUAAAAUACAGGAAAUGAGCAGACUUUCAGAUAAAACUGAAACUUCUUUAACAACCAACAUGAAUUGAUUGGAACCAGGAGUGUACAAUAUAACGUAGAAGCUUUUUUUUUUUAAAGGCAUUCUUCUCAAAUGACAUCCCUGCUUGUUCUUCUUCAUGUGUUUGAAUUUUAACAAGGAAAUGGCUGGUUACAGCCUUUUGCUUAGUAAGAACAUACUGUAAGAGGACAAGUUACUAGAUACAUGAACAUGAUAUUUUAAUGGUGUGUUUGCUAUGGUUUUAACCUGUGUUUUGGUUUCUCAUGAAGUUCUGUGUAUAAGAUGCUGGGUACUUAAUGUCGUUUUGAAGAUCUGUAUUCUCGUAUUCACUGUGUUCAUAAAAUAUUCUUAGAGCAGCAGAAAUAAAGAUAAUGUAGCAGAGGGUUAGUAUGACAUUAAUGCUCUCUAAUCCUUUAAUGAGUAUAGUAGAAUCCUUUUAAUUGGCAUAUUUCUGUUAGCAGGAGGGAGUGCCAAUUAAGCAAUCUUCUCAAUUUUAAGACUCUCAGGAAUAUGCUGAGUUUAUUGAUAUUUGCUUUUAUUCCAUGCCUUGAACUCCAGAUUAGCAAUGCACAAAGUGCUCCAAAUCCUGUGUCUUUAUUUCAUUAGAAAUCUGCAAUAGCACAGAGAAGCACCAUGAAAUAUAUCCAUAGAGGAAGCCCUGCUUUAACUGAUGUAGUUCUAAAGCACUUUGCAACUGUGACUGAACUUGCAAGGCACCACUUAGCGAUAGAGUUCAUCUACUGAAGUUAAUUAUAUUUUUAACUGCACAUUCACAAGGCUGUAUCCUCCUUCUCAGAAGCCUAUUUCUGUGUACUUUGCAUGUAGGAAUAGCAUGAAAUCCUUGAGACAAAAAGGAGAUCAACUUUCUUUGGUUUGACAUGGCUUCCAACGUCCGGAAAGGCAACAGAGUCUUUCCUUUUCUAGGAUAAAGCCUGUGUCAGGGGCUCUUAUGGCUGUGGCUCUAAGCCCUGCAGAUGUUAUGUAGAAAGGCCAAAAUAACUCCCUGCUUCUCCUAGUCUGGAGAUUGAAUUGCCUCUGCUUCUUAAAGAGAGAGGGGUUUGGCACCCUUUUCAGCAGGAGAACUGGGGAGUGUAGAAGGUGGAGGGCUGGGGUUUAAGUAGUGGUUAGCUCGGCUGCUAUAAAUCUUAGAUACUACUUGGUGUUAUCAAGGGACAGCUUGUCGAGGGGCUCCUUCUGCCCUGUCUAGGAACUUGUAACUAAUGAAGUCAAGAGUUGUUUGUAGCUAAAAUUAGGAAUUAAUACUUUGGGUACUCUUUUGAUUAACCUGGCAUGUGAUAAAUGGAGUUUAUGUUCAUUACUGCUUUGUAUGUUUAUGUGUUAGCCUAAUAUGUUUACAUUUUUUUUAAAGUUUGUUGGAGAUUGCUAGCUGUUAGUAAGGCUAGGUAAGCAGCUUGCUAUAUAUACUUGAAAGGACUGUAAGUAAGUUUAUUUUUAAAUGUUUUGCUGCUAAAGUUUGUACCUUUUGCCAUUCUGAGCUAUAUUGUCUGUAGAAGAAAAUACGUUUAUAACAGUUAAAUAUUGUGUCAUUUGGGUACUAAUAAAUGUUCCUUUUUCUUACCAGAA